UAUAAUCAAAUUGGACAACUUCCACAAGGAACCGCUCGAAUUGAAGCAGAAAAGUUCAGCAAACAAGAGCGUCUUCGACUUCCUCGCGUUACUGCUUAUUGCACCGCUUCAUCCUAUAGAAUGGAUGAUUUGAUGAAACACCUUCAAAACAUCAAGGUUCGAAAUAGUACCGCGCCUAAACGGAUUGACGAAUGCAUAUACACUACAUUUUCAUUCUUUCCUAAGCCACCCAUAAUCGCAGAUCUUUUAGAAAUCGAAGAAGUAACUGUUCCAUCGCAAGAACAAUUAAUUCCGGAAAUUUUCUACUUUGAGUAUGGUGUAGUUGUUAUUUGGGGUAUGAAAGAAGAGGAAGAGAAAAGUUUAUUGCGCGAUCUAGUUGCUUUUGAGGAAGAGAAGCUAGCCGCAUCCGAUGUUGAGACUGAGGAAUUUCAUUAUCAUUAUGCCGCUUCGUAUCAACCAAGGAUAUACAAUGAUGUAAUCACACUUAAAAAUUCCGGAAAUUACAUGGUCAAACUCACAAUUUCUCACGCCAUUGCACAAUCAGUCAAGAUGACUUUAUUUGAAGAAUUGAUUGAGGAUACAAUUGAGGCCACGAAACAUAUUCCACAAACAAUGGCAGAUACAGGAAAAGUUUUGAUGUCGAGAACUGCUAUUACCAAGAAGAUUGGACAG